AGCUGGUUAUAACAGGAGCAGAGAGGAGAGGCAGGCCAAAGACUCUUCAGCCAGGCAAUCGCGAGUGGGUAACGCUGAUUGCUGCUAUCAGCGCUGCUGGCUGGUCAGUGCCACCAUUCCUUAUCUUCGCUGGUCAGUACCACCUAGGCUGGCGGAUGGGUAGGGCAAUUGCAGUUAGCGACAAUGGCUGGACGAAUAAUGAGCUUAGAGUUAAGUGGCUAAAGCACUUCAACGCUUACACGCAGGCUCGUAGUAUAGGCACGCGUCGCCUGCUUAUUAUUGAUGGCCAUAAGAGCCACCAAUCUCUAGCGUUCUAGGAGCUCUGCAAGGAGAACAACAUCUACACGCUCUGUAUGCCACCUCACUCAUCUCACCUACUCCAGCCGCUUAAUGUUGGCUGCUUCUCGCCAUUAAAGCGCGCGUACAGCUGUGAGGUGGAGAGCCUUAUGCGCAACCACAUUAACCACAUCACCAAGCUUGAGUUUCUGCCAGCGUUCAAGGCAGCGUUUGAUCAAGCGUUCACGCCAGCCAAUAUCUGCUCAGCCUUCCGCGGCGCAGGCCUUGUUCCUCU